AUGUCGGGCUUAGACGUCGAGGCCCUCCUCGAUUCCACUGCCUCUAGCAAGGAGCAGCAGAUGGAUGUCGACCCUCCUACCACCAACGGCGGCGCUGAUCAGAAUGGUUCCAAAUCCGAACGCCGCGACCGUGACAGUGACCGCGAUAAAGAGCGCGAGCGAGACCGUGACCGGGGCCGAGAUAGCAGCAGGGACCGUGGCAGGAGAUAUCGUGACCGUAGUUCGGGUCGCCUUCGCAACUCGUCGAGUGAGGCUGGUAGAGACACCCCCCGCAGUGAUGCCGGAAGUCACCGAAGUAGGCGUCGGAGCCGGAGCCGUGAUUCUGGCAGACACUCACGCCGUCACAGAGAUGGAGACUACUACCGAGGCCGCCGAGGCCGCUCCCGAUCUCGCUCCCCGAACCGCUACUACCGGCCCCGGGGCGACGAUCGCCGCGACCGCGGUGACAGCUACCGUCGACGUGACGACGACCGCCGCAGCGGCAGAAACACCCCAAGGGCCCGGGAUGGUACUCCUCAGCCCCUGACCGAGGACGAGCGCGAUCGUCGCACCGUGUUCGUGCAGCAGUUGGCUGCCCGUCUGCGCACUCGCGAACUCAAGGAGUUUUUCGAAAAAGUCGGUCCUGUUGCCGAGGCCCAGAUUGUGAAGGACAGGGUCAGCAAUCGCUCCAAGGGCGUUGGUUAUGUUGAAUUCAAGAACGAAGACUCCGUCCAAGCCGCUCUACAGCUCACUGGCCAGAAACUCCUAGGUAUUCCUGUCAUCGUCCAGCUUACCGAGGCUGAGAAGAACCGCCAAGUGCGCACCACAGAGACCUCUGGACACCACCCCAACUCGAUUCCCUUCCACCGACUCUACGUGGGCAACAUCCAUUUUAGCAUCACGGAGCAAGAUUUGCAGAAUGUGUUUGAGCCCUUUGGUGAGCUCGAGUUUGUACAGCUCCAGAAGGAUGACAACGGUAGGAGCCGUGGUUACGGAUUUGUACAGUUCCGUGACGCUGGUCAGGCCAGAGAGGCCCUCGAAAAGAUGAACGGGUUCGACCUCGCUGGUCGCCCGAUUCGUGUGGGACUUGGAAACGAUAAGUUUACCCCAGAGUCCACUGCCAAUCUCCUGCAGAGGUUCCAAGGCCAGAAUCAUCAUCAACAAUUCCAGGGAUCUGCUUUCUCGGGCGCCGGUGGACGUGGCCCCGCUACCUCCAAUUUUGAUCGCGCUGGCGCACGCGACAACGAAAAAGGCACCGGUGCCAGUGCUCUCGACGACACCGACGUCGCUGGUGUCAACUUCAACAACUAUAGUCGUGAUGCCCUGAUGAGAAAGUUGGCACGAACUGACGAGCCACCUGCUAGCGUCAUUCCUGAGCGACAGAUUCUCAAGCCCAAGACGGAGACCAAGCCGCUGCCUGUCAACGUGAACAUGGCCAGCCGAUGCGUUGUUCUCCACAACAUGUUUGACCCUGCUGAGGAAGAGGGUGAGAACUGGAUCAAGGAGCUCGAGGACGAUGUCCGCGAAGAGGCCGAGGCCAAGUAUGGCCACGUCGUUCACAUUUCUCUAGAUCCCAACUCGGCCGGCGACAUCUACCUCAAGUUCGAUAAGGUCCAGGGAGGAGAAAACGCCAUCAAGGGCUUGAACGGCCGGUAUUUCGGUGGGAGAAUGAUUACCGCUGCACCUGUUGUGGACGCGGUCUACAGCAGUUUGUUCUCUCGCUCAAAGGCGAUCUAA